AAAAAUGGAAUAAAUGCUAAAAUUCAAUGCAUGUCCAGUGCGGUUUUGGCGGGCAUGUUGUCUUUGAUUGUACUCCAUGGAAUAACGUCAGUUGUUCAUGAACGCGUUCACUUGACAAGCCCUAUGAGAGACUUUGUUUACAUUUAGCUCACAUUUUGUGACGUAAGGCCGCUGAACCCUAAUUCAGCAAUCCCGAAUAAAACACAAAACCCAGUGUGAACAGUUAGAGCCUCCGACAUGGCAUCCUAUUGUGAGGAAAAAGGUAAAGAUCGGAUCAUCUUCUUAAACCCCAUGGACGCCCAUCCCAAUUCGUCGUCAGUGACUUUUUCAUCUGAGUCAGAAGACACGGCUCCCCAAGGCUUGGUCCAAUCUGAUGGGUCCAUCAACUGGAACUGCCCGUGUUUGGGAGGCAUGGCCGUCGGACCGUGUGGGAUGGAAUUUCGGGAGGCUUUCGAGUGCUUCCAUUACAGUGAGUCAGACCCCAAAGGUGCCGAAUGUUUGGACAAGUUCAGCCAGAUGCAAGGAUGCAUGAAGCAGUUCCCUGACCUGUACGAGAGUGCCGACGACCCACCCGAAUUAGGCCAAAUAGCCGAGACACCCUCGGACCCGAUUGUUCCAGAAACGCCCACCAACCCCAACCCAGAAAAGACGGAACCCGCCCAGUGACCUGGAAACCCGAAUCGCAACGCUUUCGUCGGCGGCAGCCUCACUCAGGGCGUGAAAUGCUUGGCUGUCCAGCCGAAACCCGGCCUCCUUCGUGUUUCAGUCUCAUUCUUUGAAAAUCAACGAGGGAGAGCCCCCCUGUUUAAGAGAAAUGUUAUAGAUCUCAAUUGAGCUUUCCCUGGAAGAAAAUGUAGUGUAAUGGGAAAAUUAACCGCUCUUCUAACAAUGAA